GUAAUUGUAAUUUGCCUGUGACCUGUGACUAUCAAUAUUUGCUUGCACGAUAUUAUUUACUAAAGAAUAUUGCAAUUAUUAUACAAGAAAAACUGGAAAAUGUCGUCCACUAAAGCAAAAGAUCAAAAGCCGGAACCAGUAGUAUACAGUGAGGCUGCACUCAGAAACAAUGCCGUAGUUGUAGAGUAUUGUCGAACUUCUAUGGCCGCAUUAUCAGGAUCUACGGCUGGGAUUCUUGGCCUGACUGGACUCAACGGUUUUGCUUUCUACGUGUUUGCAGUUGUUAGUCUGUGGGCUAUGUUCUUGAUAAAAGCUGGGCCAAACUGGCAUAAAUACUACGUAUCGAGACAGAGUGUCUUAACCAAUGGUUUCUUUGGAGCAUUAUUUACUUAUGUACUAUUUUGGACUUUCAUAUAUGGAAUGGUUCAUGUGUAUUAGGAAAGAAUAUGGUAUAAUGUUGCUAGUAAUAAUAAAUAAUCCUUUUUAAUUAA